AUGACACCGGAUGCGCCAUAUCCAAAUAAGGAGACGCAACAUGUUCGUGGACCGCAAAAUACCUUUAGUCCGAGUUCGGAACCACCGAAACGUCACAAACGCAGUCCGCCAGAUACCACAGACGAUGUGUCUUUAAGUUUCCUUUCUUCUUUAUCGCAGGGAUACCAAGAUCCUCCUCUUCAACAGUCGAUUUUUCUCCGAAUCUCCUCGCAGUCCGAACGUGAAGAUUAUCUUGGUAUUGACGGGCCCCGUGAUGCCGUAUAUUAUCCCGCAAUAUCUAGAUUUUUGAAUGGCGAGGAUUGUGCCAAUCGGACAGCUUCUGUGCCGCCACAGCAAGAAAUAUGGACCACUCGCUUCCGCCCCAGGAAAGCGGAUGAAGUGCUAGGGAAUGAAUCGCGUGCGUUGUAUAUUCGAGAUUGGCUCAAAGCUCUCGAAAUUCGGCUGCAUGCUACAAACUCCCCUCCCGCGAAAAGUAGUGCAAUUGUCACAGGCAGGCGGAAAGUCAAGCCUGACCCCCCCGACAGGGCGCCCAAGCGACCUCGUGUCAUUCGAGCUGUGGCUAAAAAAAGAGGCAGGAAACGACGGAGGCUGGAUUCCGAGGACGAGUUAGAUGUUUUUAUUGCUUGCAGCGAGGACGAAGACGAUACGAUCAUGGAUGCGCCAGAGGAAGAAACUGAUGCCAAUGAUUUUGAUUUUUGCCAGCGAACACUUUCGCGCCUCCAGCGAAAGGACACCUCUCGGCUAUUAGAGCAACGUCCACCGACCUCAGAUAUUGGUAUCGACAAUAUCCCGACCAUUCCAAAUUACCAAUCCUCUGACGCUAAUUUUACCGAUACUCUAACGAACACACUUAUUAUAACUGGGCCUCCAGGGUGUGGGAAGAGCGCAGCAGUUUAUGCGUGUGCAGACGAGCUGGGGUGGGAAAUUUUCGAGGUCUAUCCUGGAAUUGGAAGACGCAGCGGCGCAAACCUCGAUAACCUCGUUGGAGACGUGGGUAAAAAUCACCUCAUCCAACAGACGAGGCCAAAAUACCGGACGGCAGCUGCACAGUGUGAUACAAGAGCGAGCGCUGCUCUUUCGACGUUUUUCCCUAAAACAGGGAAAGCCAACCCCAAACCCUCGCCAACAGACUCAGAUACCGAGCAUCCUAUUGGCUCAUUAAAAACAAAUGGACCGGCGAAACCGUCUGCUACGGCUCGGCAAUCACUUAUUCUCCUUGAAGAAGUCGAUAUAUUAUUCAAGGAAGACGCUGGCUUUUGGCCGGCAGUGGUAGACUUGAUCAAGGAGUGCCGCCGGCCCGUGAUCAUGACAUGCAACGACAUUAAACUUGUCCCCGUUGCGGAUCUUCCUUUGCAGUCCGUUCUGACGUUCCAACCUUGCCCUUCCGAGCCCGCUGUCACGUUUUUGCAAUGCUUGUGUGCAACACAAGGAUACGCUAUCCCAAGAGAUAAGUUAAUCCAGCUUUACGAAACCACGUACAUCGUGCAGAGUAUGGAUCUUCCAGACGCGCCGCUCAACCCCAGAACCGAACCACUACCACCACCGGAUCUCAGGCGAUCUAUUACCCAGUUGCAAUUGAUUUGUACUGACGCCACCCACGAAGCUAAGGUCCCUCAAGAAGCACAGGGGGCCGCUGAAAACAUUCCGUCACUCCCUAUGACAAUUUCCGCCCAAAGCGGUGCUGAUGUUUCUGAGACAUCGACGGAAGAGCUGUGGCGAUGGGUUUCCACUUACACGGAUUGUGUUUCGUAUACCGACAGCUAUCUCUGCAGGGCACCAUUAGAUGGACAUGAGGCCCUGUCAUACAACCUAUCUGAAUCUUUGCUUGACGAUGAAUUGGGACACGCCACACUAAUCCGGCCGUCCCACGUCUCUGACACGAGAGAUGGACUUGCCUUCUAUCACAAUGAUGAGCUCAUUGUGCAGGACGCCAUCCACCUUUCACGUGGUAAACACGAGGUUUCGGGUGCUAUUCCGAUCACAACGUCGAUCAACCCCGCGGCUAGUGGUUCUAAUACUGACAUGGAAACAAGGCUCUUCCGAGCUCGCGUGGAGCAUCAAGCACAGAUGCUAACCGCAUUGCAGGAUAUCGUUCAACCACCCGCACCUCUCAUGCCCCAGAGCAGCGUGUACCUUGAUUACAUACCGUGGGUGAGAUUCAUGGUUAAUGUGGAUGAUAUUCUUGAGCGAUUAGCGUGGGAUGAGAUGGAGAAGGUGAAGUCUGGGAGAUUAACAAGGAAUAGUAUGAAGGCGAGACAUAUACGGACUAUUGAUUUAAGAGAGGAUCAACAUCAGGCGCUGGUUUGCCGUCUCUUAACUACUCUUCAACAUCCUAUUUACACAGGCAUAAUGCCUGCAUCUACAACGACUGCUACGAUCAAGCACGUCAAUCUCUUUUCCCAACCAAAGGAUAACACCGACGGCACCCCUGCACUGAAAGAUGUAUCCAGACAUUCCCCACUCAUUUCUCUUCCUCCUCUCGAUUAUUUACAACAGCAUCGUAGGGGCUCUAUCACAGAUCCAUCUCUACACGCUGCCUCGGCAAACUCGUCUGCAGCUUCCCGUCAUAUAGAUGGUAUUGAUUUUGCUUCCCGUGCUAUCAUCCAUGUCCGACCACGUCCAGCUGCUAACUACACUUUCGGUGAUGGCGGAGGCUCAAUACACAAUUCCGAGUCUUCAAGUAAACAAAUGCGCAAGAUAUUGCGUUCCCCAUCUGCAGAAUGGGAGCCUGCAAAGGGUAUUGCACCUCUACAGACAUCACUUCCUCCAAACGGGGGAACUAGUGAGUUUGAAGUAUCAUUUGUUGUACGCAUCUUCAGUAAUGAGAAACAAUCGCCCAGAGUUAAUACACGACAAGCAGACGACAGUGAUCACAGUUCACGAAGGCAAUCGAUUGCUAAUUCUUCGGAUUCCCAAAUGCCACACGGAACGAAACGAAAGACGUCUACUUACAGAGAAGCCGAUACAAGUGACGACACAGAUUCGCAACUGGUAGGACCUGGGGUACCUAGUCCCAUGAACAUCGAUUCAGAAGGACGCGCACAAAAACGGCGAGGAUCGACCAUUGAAAUGAGCAGGAUAGCCCAGCUGAGCAUAUAUGACCAGAGGCGACAUUCAGUGCAUUCUGGAGCGAUAGCGUCAAGGGCGAGCACAGGAGUAUCAGGAGGAAAUGGGCACUGGUGGUUGAAUGAGAGACGGGAUUCCUUACCACCGUCGUUCCCAAACGGGACCACUAGUGGCUACCCCUCGGCAUUAUCCGGCGAUCAGCCACAUGGUCGACCUGCUGCACCCUCGACGCCAGGCAGCAUGGCGACUUUCGCGUGGUCUGCAGCACAACACCCGGACGGUUCGCAAGAUCCUAAUAUACAGCACCACCCCCGUUCUUUCGAAACACAACCUAUGCAGAUGACCAUGAUGCCCCCGAUGACAUUCCCGCCAGACAGGCGGAUGUCAGUGCCAGAAAGCUCGACUUCUACAAUAGGACCGACAAGAAAUAUCCGUUCGCGGUCCCGACCUCCAUCGCGUCAAUUACGCGAAAAUAGCCAGACUGUCACUCCUGCUAUAGGGCCUGCGCCACCUGCGGAGGAGCCUUGUUCGGCUCCUUCUCCGUCAUCUAGCCUGAAACCGCCGAAGGAGCCGGGAUCUACACCUUACUCUCGUUCACCCGAGCUGCGAGUUUCGCAUAAGCUUGCCGAGCGAAAGCGACGGAAAGAAAUGAAAGACCUAUUUGAUGAGCUGCGGGACCAGCUGCCCGCAGAUCGGGGCAUGAAGGCGAGUAAAUGGGAAAUACUUAGCAAAGCUAUCGACUUUGUUACCAAUUUGAAACAAAGUCACCAAGACAUGGUUCGUGAGAUCGAGAUGCUGAGACACGAGCUGGAAAGCAUGAGACAAGGCAUACCAUCUUUUGGUCCAGGAGCACCACCCCACGCUAUGGUGUAUGGACAGGGCGCACCAGUUCCAGGACCAUAUCCACCACCUCCAGGAGCGAUCUCUCAUCCUCCACCGCACACGCAUCAGCAACCGCCCCAUCCGCCUCAGCCCCGACCACCAUCGUCGGAGAAUCCAUAUCCGGCAGCACCCACCACCCUUUCUUCAGCUCCAGCAGGAGCACCACCAGCGCCAACCACCAAUGGUGUGGCGAGCAUACCAACGAACAAAUCAGAGGUACAGCCGAUGUAG